GAUUAGGAGGCACACACCGACCAACCAGUUGUUUCAGAGAGCAGAGGGAAUGCAUUCGGGCUGAUAAAAGAGCACGUCCCUGCGUCAUUCUGGCGUGUCCGUCUAUCUUCGGUUUGCUGAGAGCGAGAGAGAGCGAGAGCGAGCAGGGGCAGAGGGAAAAAAAAAAGCCCACCUAAUAUUUUCCCCUUACGAUACGAGAACAAGGAUUAGCUUUCGCCAGCGGGAAGGCGGCGAGAUGAGUCCUAUCCGUGUGAUCCUGUUGCUGCUAGCAGCAUGUUUCUAUCGUGGCAGACAUGUAAAUGGCUCUAGAGUAUCUUGUGAGGCGUCGCAAUUUCAGUGCAGAAAUGGCCGUUGCAUCCCAACUUUGUGGAAAUGUGAUGGUGAUGAUGAUUGUUCUGAUGGAAGUGAUGAAAGUUCCUGUGCUCAAAAAACAUGUGGUGAUACUGACUUUACUUGCCAUGAUGGUCAUUGUGUGCCUGGAAGGUGGCAAUGUGAUGGAGAUGCUGACUGUGAAGAUGCUUCAGACGAAAGCCCAGAAGUUUGUCACAUGAAAACCUGCCGUGUCAAUGAAGUCAGCUGCAGCCCUGCAUCAACUCAGUGCAUCCCUGUGACCUGGAGAUGUGAUGGUGAACGUGACUGUGAUAAUGGUGAAGAUGAGGAAAACUGUGGCGCUCUGACUUGCAGUGUCCAGGAAUUUACUUGCUCCAGUGGUCGAUGCAUUUCCAAGACGUUUGUGUGCAAUGGUGAAGAUGACUGUGGUGAUGGAAGUGAUGAAAGGGAUUGUGCUCCACCUACAUGUGGCUCGCACGAGUUUCAGUGCAAUAGUUCCGAAUGUAUCCCCUUCCAGUGGGUUUGUGACAGUGAUGUUGACUGUGCUGAUCACUCUGAUGAAUCGACAGAACGCUGCGGCCGUACUCUUCCUCCCCUCGUGAAAUGCUCCGCUGCCGAAAUCCAGUGUGACUCUGGUGAAUGCAUUCACCGCAGGUGGUACUGUGAUGGUGAUGCUGACUGCAGGGAUGGAAGCGAUGAAACCAACUGUCCUCCUCACACUUGCAGACCAGACAACUUCAGAUGUGGUGAUGGCAACUGUAUCCACGGAAGCAGACAAUGUAAUGGGUUCAGAGACUGUCCUGAUGGCACUGAUGAGCUUAACUGCAGGAAUGUUUCAGAUUGUACAGGCCCCACCAAUUUCAAGUGCCACAGUGGAGAAUGCAUUGACAUGAUUCAAGUGUGUAAUCAACAGCAGAAUUGCAUAGACUGGAGUGAUGAACCCCUGAAAGAAUGUGGUUUGAAUGAAUGCUUGGUGAACAACGGUGGCUGCUCUCAUAUCUGUAGAGAUCUUGUAAUUCACUAUGAAUGCGAUUGCCCUCCUGGCUUCAUGUUGGUCGACCAAAAAACAUGUGGUGAUGUUGAUGAAUGCCAGAACCCUGGGAUAUGUAGUCAAAUCUGUAUUAACUUGAAAGGAGGCUAUAAAUGUGAAUGUUAUAAUGGCUAUCAAAUGGAUCCAGCUAAUGGAGUCUGCAAGGCAAUAGGUAAAGAGCCUCAUUUAUUGUUCACUAAUCGCCGUGAUAUCAGAAGAAUAGGUUUGGAACACAAAGAGUAUACCCAAGUAGCUGAACAGCUGAGAAAUGUUAUUGCGCUGGACACUGAUUUUGCAGAACAGAGACUCUUCUGGGCUGAUGUGGGCCAGCGGGCAAUCUUCAGCACUUUAAUGGACCAGCCAAGCUCAUCUGGCUAUUACAGAAUUAUAAAUGAUGUGCAAAUCCCUGUGGGAAUUGCUGUGGACUGGAUUUACAAGAACCUCUACUGGACGGAUCUGGGUUUCAAAACUCUUUCUGUGGCAAACUUCAAUGGAACCAAAAAGAUAACACUAUUUGACACUGAUCUAAAGGAACCUGCUUCAAUAGCUGUUGAUCCACUUGCUGGAUUUGUCUAUUGGUCAGAUUGGGGUGAGCCAGCAAAGAUAGAGAAAGCGGGAAUGAAUGGUGUUGAUCGGCAGCUCUUGGUUACCAAAGAUAUUCAAUGGCCAAAUGGAAUUGCAAUUGAUCUUGUGAAAAAACGCCUCUAUUGGGUUGAUUCAAAAAUGCACACCUUGUCCAGUGUAGACCUAAGUGGACAAGACAGAAGGAGAGUGCUCUUGUCAACAGAAUUCCUUGCUCAUCCUUUUGCUGUUGCUGUAUUUGAAGACCGUGUAUUCUGGACUGAUGGAGAGAAUGAGGCUAUCUACGCAGCCAACAAGUUUACAGGAGUAGAUGUGGUCCUAUUGGCUUCAAACCUCAAUGAACCUCAGGACGUCAUAGUCUUUCAUGAACUUGUACAGCCUUCAGGGAAAAACUGGUGCAGUGGGCAACUGACGAAUGGAGGCUGUGAAUACAUGUGUCUGCCUGCUCCUCAAAUUAACAGCCACUCUCCAAAAUACACAUGCAUGUGUCCACCUGCAAUGGAGCUAGCACAAAAUGGCCGUCAAUGCAAGACGAGAACUGAAACUGCUGGAAAUGCUCGCUUUCAUCCUUCUGCAUCUCAGGCACUUUAUUCUCCCCAUGUAACAAUACCAACACUCUUGCCUGGCUCUAGAGGUAAAAAUGAAAGCAUUCCACUCCUAUUGAACCAGUUUGCAAAAGGAUCAACAGCUGUUUGGAUAAUCCUUCCAAUCUUGCUUCUGGCAAUAGCUGGUCUUGCUGGAUAUAUUGGACUGCGUAACUGGCAGAACAAGAACACCAAAAGUAUGAACUUUGAUAAUCCAGUCUACUUGAAAACAACUGAAGAUGACUUGAACAUUGACGUCAACAGACAAAGUCAAUCAGUUGGCCAUACAUAUCCUGCAAUUUCAAUUGUCAAGACAGAAGAUGAUACAACUUGAUCUUCAAGAUUUAUUUUAAUUCCUUCAAACAGCCGCCAGCUCGGUGACAUAGUGGUUUGCAAAUGUUUUCUACAUGUAAAUAUUUAUUUAAGGUAAAAUGUCAGAUUUUGGUACAAUUCCUCAAUCUUGAGGUAUAUAGAUUAACUAUGUAAGUACUGGCACAAGGCCAUGAAAACGCAGAUAAUCUAAAAUUGCUUGUAUAACUGUAAAUAAGUCAUUUGAAAGCUCUGUAAAUAACAAAUAUACAGUAACACUUUUUUUCAAAUGGUUGAAGGACAAGAUAAACACAACUGCCAGGAUUUGUAUGAAUUUUUGUGCCAAAUGUAAAUUUUUGACUGGAUUGUUUACAGAAUUACCCAUGUUUGGGGAAAGCAAUACUAAAUGCAAUAAAUUUCAUAAUUGCAUUUGA